UUGCUUUUUCACUUGUUCAUGCUCGAGUCCAACCUAUUAUAAAUAGGUGCUUAGCUAGACAGUCUUCAAUACCUCACAUAGUCCAACAAAAGAAAGAAGAAAACAACACAUUCACACUGUUCUUUCUCUCAUUUCAAGGUAAAACACCAGCAAAUAGCAAAUUUCCCCACCUCUAAAGAGACCAUGUACUCUGAGCUAAAACCCAGUGAAUCAUCUAUACAUAUAAGUCAUGACCAAGAAUGGGUCAUACAGAUAAGUCGAGCCCUAGAAGAAGUCCUUCAAGACAAUGAUGAAGGUGUUCCUGUUAGCAUCUUUAGUGUACCCAAAACCCUACUCUCUUUCAAACCAGAAGCAUACAUUCCACAACUUGUAGCCCUUGGCCCAUACCAUCACCGCCGGCUUGAACUUCUUGAGAUGGAACACUACAAGCUCACUUCAGCUAUGAGAUUGCAAAAGAACCUCAAAGAAAUCAAAUUCCGCGACUUGGUUAACCAAAUCGCGGAAAGUGAUAGGUGCAUCCGUGCUUGUUAUCAUAGGUUCUUGGAAUUCGACCAAGAAACACUCUCUUGGAUGUUGUCCAUUGAUGCUUCCUUAUUGUUGGAGUACCUCCAAACCUACUCCACAAAAAUGGAAGACUCGCUUAUGCGAAUAACUUCUAAGAUGGCGCACUUGAUCGAUCACACGCAUCGGAAAACGGCACACCAUGCAGUCCUUAGGGAUAUUAUCAUGCUAGAAAACCAAAUCCCUUUAUUUUUGCUCAGAGAAGUCCACAGCUUUUAUCCCUGCGAAGAUCAUGACGAAGUAUUAGCAACAAUGCUAAUUGGUUUUUGCAAACAUAUGUCGCCCAUAGAGUGCAUCAAUGAUCAACAUUUCAAAGAAGUAUGUUUCACAAAAUCCCAUUUGCUAGAGCUUCUCUACUACAUGGUUGCACCGAAUUUGCAACUUGUAGCUGAUAAUUCUGAGCAGGAAAAGCCAAAAGAAGACAAAAAGAUUGGCUGCUUCCAAUCCAUCUUGAAAGCAAUAAGUUAUAUUAACUUGGCCCCGCUCCGCCUUCUCAUUAAGAUUUUCAAUUCAAAGGCAGUGAAGCUUUUAGUUACACUGCCAUUUAUAAUCAUCUCCUAUCUAUGCAAACUUAAGAACAAAAGUGAUAUAACCAAUCUCAUCUCGUCAGCUGAGGCUGUGGCCGAAGACGCGCAAAGCGUAUCUAAUGAGAAGAAAGCUGAAAGCCCAAAAGUAGAAGAGAUUGCAAUUCCUAGCGUCACACAGCUUCAUAAAAAUGGUAUUAAAUUUCGUCCAUCAAAGGGUGGCUUGGGGACUAUAAAUUUUGACAAAAGUUCAGGUACAUUUUACCUUCCAGUUAUUCAUUUGGAUGGCAACUCUGAGGUUGUUUUAAGGAAUCUCGUCGCCUAUGAGGCAUGUAUUGCACCGGACGUGAUGGUUUUUACACGCUACACGGAAUUGAUGAAUGGAAUUAUUGAUACUGAGGAGGAUGUGAAGAUUCUUCGAGAGGCCGGGAUCAUCUUGAACCGGCUCAAAAGCGAUGAAGAAGUAGCGAUGCUUUGGAAUGGAAUGACUAAGUCUGUGAGGGUAACAAAAGUUCCAAUUCUAGACAAGGCCAUUGAAGCUGCAAAUGCUAGUUAUUCAGGGUGUUGGAGGAACAAGAUGACUGGUUUCAAGAAGUAUAUCUUUGGUUCAUGGCCAUGUCUUACAUUUUUAGCAGCUAACAUUCUAAUAUUGCUGUCUACUCUGCAGACUGCUUGUUCUAUGUACAAUUGUUCCAAAUUUUUGGCCACUCUAUGAAUUUUUACACUUUGUUGUUGCCUA